UCAAAUGAGAAAAAGUCAACUGUCAAACUGAAUUGUAGAUUAUCACCGACUAAAAAUUAGUGGAACUGAAAAAUACAAGCAAGUGUAUUAUAACAGAAACUGAAACAUUACUCAAUUAAAAUGCAUUUUCAAUCACUUGCUGUUAUUCUAUCACUUGGUUUAGUUAAUUAUGCGGCUUGCAUUGAUUACGAUGGAUGGCUGAAUAUUAAAAUAGAACAUUCCCUAAACUGUGGCACUGAAAAAUAUUGCCCUAGGGGAAACAUAGCACUAAAAAGUAUUCGAGCUGGUGCUGCAGUAGUAGAUCAAAUACAUUUCAAUAAAGGACAUAUUCAAGCGUUAAAGAACUUAGCAGAAAUUGAUAGUUUUUACACCAUCAGGACUCUGGUGACAUCUGCUGAAAAUAGUAAAGGAACAGAAUUCUUUUCAUCAGUCAAAGCCAAAGCUUUCUUGGGCAAUGGUCUGUCAGAUGUGAUAAAUGCUUGGGUACUGCCCAAUGGGGCUGUGAUUGCUGUCAGUUUCCAAGUAACCAAUGCUUCACAACCAUUGUCUUUGGAAAGCGGAACUCAAAAGAUUAACUCUAAUUUCUAUCUUCGCUAUGUUGAACAGGCCCCAGUACCUGACACAGCAACAUACAUUCAGAAACUGGAACGUGAAAGAGAAGCAAGGGAAAAAGGAGACCUAAAGGACAACAAGUCCUUCUUAGCCAAAUAUUGGAUGUACAUUGUACCGAUCGCAAUAUUUGUAAUGAUAUCUGGAGCAAGCAACCCUGAACCAGCUGCCCAAGGAGCUCGAUAAAUUAGUGUUACUAAUUCAUAACAUUAUAUACCAAAUAGUCAAUAUAUAUCAUAUUAUUUAUUUUAUAGAUACUCCACACGAACAUAUUGAUCAGAAAAUAUUUUGCAGUGUAAAAUAUGAUUAGAUGCUGUUAUAUUACAAACAACUGUAUAAAAAAUAUUGUCUUAUUUUAUAUGUAUACUGUAUUUCACUGUACUUAUAAAAAUGGAUCAUAAUUGUCCUGUUUCCCUUAUUGCUCUGUGUGUACUGUGUACCGUGUCAAGGAUCAUGUUCCACCAACAUAAUAUAAUUAACAAAUUUGUGAUAAGGUGUGGGUUAUGAAGUUAUCUUUAAGAAAUAAAUUAUUCACAACAUAAA